AUGAUAGAUAGAAUAUUAGAUCAUGUUUAUAUCUCUGGAGCUAGAGAGGUGCUUGCUGGCCAUCCACUUCUGAAACAUGAUAUCACUCAUGUGCUUACCAUAUCUGCCGUUGCGGUUCCAAUAGAACGGCGGCUACCAAAAAUCGACUAUCACUUUCUGUUUGCAAUGGAUCUUCCCAAUCAGGACCUUCUAGGUGGAGGACAGAUCGCCGAAGGCAUAGCCUAUAUCACACGAGCAGUUCAGUCUGGCGGAAAUGUCGGUGUGUCACGAAGUGCGACAAUAGUUGCUGCUUAUGUCAUGCAGAAGUUAAGGUAUUCACCUGAAAAAGCUGUCGAAUACAUCAAGAUAGCGAGACCAUUAGUGUGCCCUAACGAAGGAUUCUUCACCCAACUGCAAAUCUUUGAAUCGCUUCAUUACCAAAUCGACGAAGCUUCGUUAUCCACAAGCCGUAUGUAUAAAAAUUGGUGUGCAUCGUCUGGCAAUGUUCCACAUAACGGUGCCGAGCCACAAGCAACUACAUUUACUAGAGAAGUUAAACCUGAUGACUGCUCAAAAGAACGAGGGAACAAGUACAGACGGGGAUUAGUGACAGUUCGUAGCCUUACUCUUAUCUAUUUACUGCAGGUGUGCGAAUUUGGCUAUCUUAUUGAACCGAUGAAAUGGAUGAAUGUAUCCGAAUACGAGGGGAAGGUAAGUUACAAGUCUGAAAAUAUCCUUCUUCCCAACAAGGGUAAGGUUUUCCGCGUAGCGUAUGCUUCAGAUGUUCAAAAGAGCUAA